AUGAGCCAGCUGGCCAAGGAGAGACCGAUACCCAACCUAACAGAGGGGACAAGAGAGAAUCUUGAUAUUCUGAGGAAUACAAGUCUGUCCCAGGAAGCCCGUGCUGCUGCUCAUUCAGCCCUGGAGGAUGAUGCCAAUCUCCAGGAUCUCAUCACCAAGCUUUUCUCCCAUGUAGACGUGAAUGACAUGGCAGACUACUGGAGGGACUUCCUGUCCAUGACAGAUUCACUAAUGCAGAAUGUGCAUGCAGUUCAUAUCUGCAACUGGGAAGAGUAUGUCAGCUCUCUGCGGGCUAUGCAGCCGUGGAUGGUAGCAUAUGACAACAACAAGUAUGGGAGGUGGCUGCCUGACUUCUGGGCAAUGCUGACAGCUCUCCCUGAUGAACAGGUUGCCUUCCUUCAUUGUAACUUCACUCAGUCCAUCACAGGUAACCCUUAUUCCAACAUGGCCUGGGACAUGUGGAUUGAGUGUACUAUGAACAAGGGCAGCAAAAUGAAGUCAGGCUGGCUCUCAAUCCUCCAAAAUGAAAAACUGCUGGUGCACUCCAGAAAUGUCAACAAUGUGACCCGCAUAAGAGCGGCACACAACUCUCUUGCAACCCGAAAAAAAGCAAAGGGGAAACACACAGAAAGUGUCCCGAAGUGCAUGCGAGAGGAUGAGCAGUGUGUGCAUAACCUAAUUGCAUGCAUGGAUGAGUUUGACUCUUUACCAUUUAAUCCAGCCUCACCCACACUUCGCACCCUACAGUCAGCCAUGCCUGCCUCUGAUGAGCUCGUUGCGGACUUUAAAUCAGCCCAUUCUGCAGGAGAGGAGAAGUUAAACAUCUUCUUGCGGGACCGAGUAUUCAGUAAGAAUAAAUCCCUCCAUGCACCUGUGAGUUUGAGCAAACAUUUGACCUUUUCCAAGCAUACAUGCAUAGAGAAGCCCAGCGAGGAACUCAAGGCAAGAGCUGCUGAAAUGGAAAGAAGCGCUCUCAAAGCGGUGAUCAACCUGGUUGAGGACAGUAAACUUGUCAAGUUCCCCGAGCUGCUGGAACACUGUGUUGUUGAGGAAUGUGUGGCCUUAUUCAACCCUAACGGCACAUACAGAAAGACACAGAAGAGCAAGCUCAUCCAGAAGCUCUCCCUCCAAACGAUUGCUAUUAAAGAGCCCUAUGUUGCUCUCAUUGACAUGGGCAUGAUCUGGAGGAUGGCAACUCCAUCAGCAGAGGACACGCAGACACAAGACGGCAGACCAUACAAAUGGUUGGACUACGUGCAAAAGGUGUCUUCCAUCAUCCUUGCCCGCCAUCUUGGUGCUCACCGUAUCAUCUGUGUGAAUGAUCCAUAUGAUGCAGCCUAUUCCACUAAAGAUGAUGAGCGAGACCUGCGCAUACAAGGUAAGGUGCAUGUACCAAACACGUACAUGAAAUUGGAUGACCCCCUUCCCUCUGCCAAGGCAUUCAAAAUGCUACUGUGUAGUGUCAGCAACAAGGGACGGCUGCAAAAAUUAAUAUGCAGCCACCUCACCGACCUGGCACAGAAUGUGAAUGUUGAGAUUGUCUACUCUGUUGGCCCACAUUGCACCAACUUGUCAACACAACAACCGAUGGAAGACUACAGCAUUGAACAGUUGGAAGCUGACACCAUACUCUUUACUGUUUAUGCAGGUCUACGGCAGUCAGGCUAUAGUGGCCCCGUUGUUAUUGAUGCAGCUGAUACUGAUGUCUAUGUUGCAGCAUCAGUCAUCUCACAGCAGCUCCCUGGCAUGCUAUGCAUCAAGAGGAACAAAGAGACAGUCCUCUAUCGUGGCAUGCUGACAGAAGAGAUGGCACACUGCAUUGUGCAGCUACACUGUUUUACAGGCUGUGAUGCCAACUCAGGAUUUUAUGGCAAAGGAAAAUCAUCAGUCUUUGAGAUGGUGGCAAAGAGCUCUUUGGCACGGCAGCAACUCUCCCGGUGUGGAGAUAGCCUUGACCUUGAAGAGGAGGUAGAACAAGAGCUAUUCGCAUUCACUAGACAGGUGAUCUACAGAGACAAGAAGAAGGUGAUCUACAGAGACAAGAAGAGUAGCACCAUGGCUGAUGCCCGCGCCUCUAAGUGGAAAGCCAUGAAGAGAAAAUCGUUUAUCCUUCUCCUCCAGAUGCAGACAGCUUACGGCAACACUGUCUCCGUGCCAACUACUUGGCAUAUCUAGUGCGCUGCCCCACACUAAAGAAUCACCCCUCGCCACUCGGACAUGGUUGGGAAUUGGUGGGUGGUCGCUGUCGUCCUGUCCGCCACACACGGCCUGCUCUCCCGACACACCUACCUGCACCAGGGCCAGUUGAAGAGGAGGAAGAAGUUGAGAGUGAGGAGGAGGAGGAGGAUGUUGCUCAGAGGAGGGUGGAGUCAUCUGAAUCUGAUGAGUCAGAAAGCAGUGACACAGAAUUCUCUGAUUCAGACUAA